AUGGCAACUCCAGAGAAGGCAGCGACCACAGUAGACACCACAAAGAUGUUAGAUCCGUGCUGGUUAAAACCUGAUAGCAUGGAGAUGGAAAGAGUCGUAACUGUCUUGGACAAGACGAUUGCCAAGCUGGAGAUGAGCAGUUUGAUCCCACGUGUUAUCGACUCUCCGGACAGGUUUGCUGGUUUGCUGGGACCUGAGAUCACAAAGAGCCUGGCUGAGCACCAGGAGCUUGCAAACGAAAUGGAGCACCUGCUCGCCAGCUCUGGAGAAGGGACCACAGUGAGAGCUGAGGAACAACAGCACUGCCUCUGCUUGCUCCAGCAGCGCCUGAAACGUUCUGCUAGAAAUGUCCUGAGACUCCUACUGGCCAACCCUUCUCUUUGCCAGGCCCUGAAGUCCGAAGCCUGGGGGACAGAGUCACCAGCUGAAAGGUUUAUCAAAGCCUUUGGGGAGUUCAGGGACUUCAUGCUUGAAAGACUCCUGACUAGUCCUGUGGAAGAGGAAAAAAAGAUCCAGCUCACAGAAGACAUCUCCCUCCAGAUAAAGCAGAACACUGAAACCAUCACAGCUUUACAGGCAGAACUGGCAGCAGCGAUCCAGACUCGAGAGGAGGAGAUUCACAAGAAGGACAAAAUGAUCAAAGACCUCAAAACCAGUAUGCAAGAUGUGACCAAAGACUCCAAGGCUGACAUCCAGCAGAUCAAGCAGGAAGGAGAGAAGCAGCAGGAAGAGAAGCUGGAGGCGUCCCAGGCCAGGUGUGCCAGGCUGCAGCAGGACCUUCAGCAGCUGGAGGCACAACUCAGCUCACUGGUGCUGGAGCACCGAGCAGCAGAGCUGGCUCUCCAAAAGAGGAAGAGCAGAGUGGAGAUGGAAAUUGUGAACUGGAUCCAGAAAUACGACACAGACAUGGCAGAAAAACAGGCUGAGUAUGAAGAGGUUCAUGCUGCCUACACUGAGGAGAAGGCCCAGCUGUCCCUGCUGAUGGAGAAACGUGCUGUGCUUCUCCAGGAGUAUUCCCAGAUUGAGGAGGAGCGUAGGAUACGUCAGAAGAAGGAGGAGGAGGCCUUGGAGGAGUUCCACACCAGGAGCCUCGCUGCCACUUGCAUCCAGGCCUUCUGGAGAGGCUACUUGGUUCGGCGCCUCUUCAAGCCAAAGAAGAAGAAGACAACGACAAAGAAGGGCAAAGGCAAGGGCAAGAAGGCCAAGAAAUAA